AUGCGUCUUUCCCUUCUUCUGAUUUGGAUCCCUUUUCUCAUAUGGAUAGCCACUGCAGCUGAUUAUCAAACGCACUACUGUGUUCUGAACGCCACCAGCCACACAAGCAACAGCGCUUACUAUUCAAAUCUCGUCCAAGUUCUCGACUCACUUGCUUCAGAUAAGACCGUCACUGAUCACCAGUUCUUAAACAAGAGUGCUGGAAACAGCCCUCCAGACAUAGCCUAUGGCCUUUACCUUUGUCGGGCCGAUGUUCUCCCAGACCAGUGUCGCAACUGUUUGCUUAAAGCCCGUGAAGAUAUUAACAAUUCAUGCCCGUUCUCAAAAGCGGCAGUGGCGUGGAGUGAUGACUGCAUGUUACGCUAUGCCAACGAUUCAAUGGUCUCGGUUAUGGACUCGGCCACUUUUGUUUCAGAGUGCAACAAGUUAAAUAUUUCUGAUAAGGCAUCAGAACAAAGUCAGCUGUGGGAAGCUGGUAUGAAUUUGAUGGGUCUGUUAGCAACCCGGGCUUCAAACGAUAUAAAAAACAAACUUUUUGCAUUUGAUGAAUUAACCUUUGAUAGCAAUAGAAGUGUUUAUGGAUACGUUCAGUGCACACCAGAUUUAUUGAGUUCUGAUUGUGAUCGAUGCCUUCAAGAAAGUAUAAAUCGCUUGCCGCAGUAUUGUUAUGGGAGACAAGGAGCACGAGUUCUGACCCCGAGUUGUAAUGUUAGAUUCGAGAUAUAUAGGUUCUUAACAUUUACAGAAGACCGAUCAGACACAUCAGAUGCAGGGAAAGAUGAAAUCUCAUCAACUAUAAUUGCAGCCAUUGUUGCUUCAAUUGGUGUGCUUGUGGUGAUAGCGGGCAUUUGCUAUUUUCUCAUAGUGAAGAAACGGCAUCCUGUCACAUUCAACGAUUUGAAGGAUGAAACUGGUGAGAACGAAAUGAUAACAGAGCAAUCUCUACAAUUCGAAUUGGGCACAAUCAAAGCAGCUACAAACAAUUUCUCUAUACAUAAUAAAAUAGGUGAAGGUGGAUUUGGUGGAGUAUACAAGGGAGUUCUUCAUAAUGGGAGUGAAAUAGCUGUGAAGAGGCUAGCCAAAGGCUCGGGACAAGGUGAACUGGAGUUCAAGAAUGAGGUUGUAUUACUAGCCAAGCUUCAACAUAGAAAUCUUGUCCGACUUUUGGGAUUUUGCCUCGAAGCUGAAGAGAAGAUCCUCAUCUACGAAUAUGUCCCUAACCAUAGUCUUGACUUCUUUCUAUUUGAUCCUUCGAAACAAGCGCAAUUGGAUUGGCCAACACGUUACCGCAUAAUCGGAGGAAUUGCUAGAGGGAUGUUGUACCUACACGAGGAUUCUAGAUUAAGAAUCAUCCAUCGGGAUCUCAAAACUAGUAAUAUACUAUUAGACGAAGACAUGAAUCCAAAAAUUUCAGAUUUUGGCAUGGCAAGAAUAUUUUUUGCAAAUCAAACACAAGCAAUGACAAAUAGAAUUGUUGGAACUUAUGGAUACAUGUCGCCAGAGUACGCGAUGCAUGGCAGCUUCUCCGUGAAGUCUGAUAUAUUCAGUUUAGGAGUAUUGGUUCUUGAGAUCAUUAGUGGAAAGAGAAACACAGGUCUCUUUCAAUCUGGUUCUGGUGACCUUCUAGGCCAUGCUUGGCAUAAAUGGAAGAAGGGAGAGCCACUUGAGAUACUGGAUCCAAAUAUGGUGGACUCUUCCUCAAACAAUGAAGUGUUACAUUGCAUCAAUAUUGCCUUAUUGUGUGUUCAAGAAGAUGCUGAAUUAAGACCUUCAAUGGCAUCUGUAGUCAUAAUGCUCAACAAUUACUCGGUUGCUUUACCAUUGCCUCAAAAUCCUCCAUUUGUAUCUAAGAAUAGAGUUAGACGCACGUCAAAAAUGAUGGAAUCAGCUGAUAAUAUAUGCACUGAAAUUUGGCCUAUUGAAGCUCCACUUAUUACUGAGGUACAUCCUCGAUAAACAUAGCCCUAAUUAUACUCUGAUCAUUAGUUUUUUUCUUUCUGAUUUAUUGUUUUUUCUUUUGAAAAAGGGGAUCAUUUUCCCCACGUGAAUUUUAUUUCAUGACGAUUAGGUUACCAUGUUGUAUCAUAUCUUUGUAACUUCAUUAUUUCUUAUUUGUGUAUAUGUUUGAUGUUCACUAC